AUGGCACAGGUCGAAGAGCCUAUGGAGACUGCCGAAGUUGGAGACAAUUCCAACGGCUCAUCUAGUGAUACAACAUCAUCUCGAGGUAAGGAGGGCGACUUUGAGAGUAAAAUUGAAACAGAUCGCUCAAGAAGAUUUGACUUUUUACUGAAACAAACCGAGAUCUUUUCACAUUUUAUGAGUAACGCUAAAUCUGCGAGUAGCCCUCCAAAACCAAAAGCAGGUAGGCCGCGGAAGAACAAAGAAAUUGAAUCAAGCCCCGGAGAUAAUCGUCACCGAAAAACUGAACAAGAGGAAGAUGAAGAACUUCUUGCCGAAACUAACACAAAACAGAAAAAUAUCUUUAGGUUUGAAGCAUCUCCACCUUAUGUUAAAAAUGGUGAAAUGCGGGACUAUCAAGUGAGAGGUCUCAAUUGGAUGAUAUCAUUGUAUGAGAAUGGUAUUAAUGGUAUUUUAGCUGAUGAAAUGGGUCUUGGCAAGACACUGCAGACAAUUUCACUGUUGGGAUAUAUGAAACAUUUUAAAAAUGUUCCUGGUCCCCACAUAGUAAUUGUUCCAAAAUCAACACUUACUAAUUGGAUGAAUGAAUUUAAAAAAUGGUGUCCAUCCCUCAGAGCUGUCUGCUUAAUAGGUGACCAAGAAACAAGGAAUAUAUUCAUCCGAGAGACACUUAUGCCAGGUAAUUGGGAUGUUUGUAUCACUUCAUAUGAAAUGAUCAUAAGAGAAAAAUCAGUCUUCAAGAAGUUUAACUGGAGAUAUAUGGUUAUUGACGAAGCACAUAGAAUUAAGAAUGAAAAAUCAAAGCUCUCAGAACUGUUGCGAGAAUUCAAAAGCAUGAACCGUUUGUUGCUAACUGGAACUCCGCUGCAGAACAAUUUACAUGAACUUUGGGCCUUACUUAACUUUCUUCUGCCUGAUGUAUUCAAUAGUUCAGAUGACUUCGAUGCUUGGUUCAACACAAAUGCUGCUCUAGGAGACAAUCAAUUGGUUUCUCGUUUGCAUGCUGUUUUGAGACCGUUUUUGUUGCGACGUUUGAAGGCAGAGGUUGAAAAGAAAUUGAAACCUAAAAAGGAAGUGAAAGUCUAUGUUGGGCUUAGCAAAAUGCAAAGAGAGUGGUACACCAAAGUUUUGAUGAAGGAUAUUGAUGUUGUAAAUGGCGCCGGUAAAGUUGAAAAGAUGAGGUUACAGAAUAUCCUCAUGCAGUUACGUAAAUGUUGUAAUCACCCAUAUCUGUUUGACGGUGCUGAGCCUGGCCCGCCCUACACCACUGACGAACAUUUAGUUUUCAACUGUGGUAAACUAGCCAUUUUAGAUAAACUUCUGCCGAAACUUCAACAACAAGACUCGAGGGUUUUGAUAUUCUCACAAAUGACAAGGAUGCUGGAUAUCCUUGAAGAUUACUGUCUUUGGAGGCAAUAUAAGUAUUGUCGUUUAGAUGGUCAAACACCUCACGAAGAUAGAAAUAGACAGAUUGAAGAAUAUAACGCAGAGGGAAGCGAGAAGUUCAUAUUCAUGUUGUCAACCCGAGCUGGUGGUCUUGGGAUCAAUCUCACCUCUGCUGAUGUUGUUAUUAUUUAUGACUCUGAUUGGAAUCCUCAGAUGGACUUACAGGCUAUGGACAGAGCCCAUCGUAUUGGACAAAAGAAACAAGUACGCGUAUUUAGGUUAAUAACUGACAACACGGUAGAGGAAAAGAUUGUAGAGCGAGCAGAAGUGAAGUUGCGGCUCGAUAAACUUGUGAUACAGUCAGGCAGACUAGUUGACAUCAAGAACCAGCUUAACAAAGACGAGAUGUUGAAUAUGAUCAGACAUGGAGCCAAUCAUGUCUUUUCCUCUAAAGAUUCUGAGAUUACGGACGAUGACAUCGAUUCUAUUCUAGCUAAGGGUGAAACUAAGACUGAAGAAUUGAAACAGAAGUUGGAGAGCUUAGGUGAAUCUUCUCUACGCGCCUUCUCGAUGGACACGCCUGGCGCAACCACCGAUUCCGUCUAUCAGUUUGAAGGUGAGGACUACAGGGAGAAGCAAAAGAUACUCCCAAUCGGCAACUGGAUUGAGCCACCGAAACGCGAACGUAAGGCUAACUACGCGGUAGACGCGUACUUCCGCGAGGCUCUUCGCGUCUCUGAGCCCAAGGCGCCCAAGGUACAGGCACCAAGACCUCCCAAACAACCGAUCGUUCAAGACUUUCAGUUCUUCCCACCGCGUCUCUUCGAGCUCCUGGAUCAAGAAAUAUAUCAUUACAGAAAAACUUUAGGGUAUAAGGUGCCGCGUAAUCCUGAAUUGGGACCGGACGCCGCAAAAAUACAAAGAGAAGAACAGAGGAAGAUAGACGAAGCAGAAUCUCUGUCUGAAGAGGAAGUGCAAGAGAAGGAACAGCUAUUGACUCAAGGAUUUACAAAUUGGACGAAAAGGGACUUUAACCAGUUCAUCAAAGCUAAUGAGAAGUAUGGUAGGGAUGAUAUUGAGAACAUCGCUAAAGAUGUUGAAGGAAAGACUCCAGAGGAGGUGAUGGAAUACUCAGCAGUAUUUUGGGAGAGAUGCCACGAGCUUCAAGAUAUAGACAGAAUCAUGGGACAGAUAGAACGCGGGGAGGCGAAGAUACAAAGGAGAGCCUCAAUAAAGAAGGCUUUAGAUGCGAAAAUGGCCAGAUACCGAGCGCCGUUCCACCAAUUGCGAAUCUCAUAUGGAACAAAUAAGGGAAAGAAUUAUGUUGAAGAAGAGGACAGAUUUCUGGUAUGCAUGUUGCAUAAGCUGGGUUUUGACAAGGAGAAUGUGUAUGAAGAGUUGCGUGCUGCUGUACACGCGGCGCCGCAGUUCCGUUUUGACUGGUUCCUCAAGUCUCGUACUGCCGUGGAAUUACAGCGCAGAUGCAAUACUCUCAUCACAUUAAUUGAGAGAGAGAAUCAAGAGUUAGAAGAAAAAGAACGUGCCGAGAAGAAGAAGAAGAGCGGUAGUGUUAAUCCUAAUACUCCCGGCGGUAAUAACGCCGGUAAAGGUGCCAGCGCCGGCAAGAGAAAAGCCGACAACACACCCGACACCGCGCAGAAAAACAAGAAAAAGAAAAAAUGA